AUGGCCAACAUUGUGGUGAAGACUAUCUGGCAGUCCAAAGAAAUAAAGGAGGCCGGAGACACACGCACAGGGAUUGAGAGUCGGGCUCAGGGCAGCAAGGAGCAGCUGGGAAAGCCUGCCAGCGUCAAGGUCUUCCCCAAAAAGAAGAAAGCCGUCUCUUUCCAUGGCCUGAAUCCAAGGUCCACCCGGCUCCUCUGGGUACCCAGUGUAUGUGUGUGUGUGCAGCCAUAUUUGAGAGGGAGUAAAAGUUCCUCCUCUGAGGGAGGAAGUAGUAUCCUCCCCCUCCUGAAGAAGCCAGCUGGUGAUCUGAUUGUGUUGGAUACCUUCUGUCACUCUUCAGAUUUCCUUUUUUCAGGGAAGAUCUUGGAGAAGGUCGUGGGGCAUCAGUUGCAGAGAAUCCUGGAAAGAACGUUGUCCACUACUGUAUCGAGGGAUAAUGUAUGUACUUUUUCCCAACCCAGAGUUGAGCCCCAUUUGACCGGCGAAAGCCCCAAUCUCAACUUGAAGCGUUCUUCGGCUUGUACCAAUGUUUCUCUCCUGAACCUAACUGAUGGGGAACAUGAGGAUUCCACCACUGAGAAUGAAUCCACAGAUGAUGGGGGCCUGCCAGGGGGAGCAGGGGGCGAAAGACAGGAUCCCCUGCUUGCCAUCAAGCCAGCAUGGUCACAUUGGUCAGAAGAUGAGGAUGAUACUUCUGGCCAGCAGGAAGUGAGCAGUAGUGGCCUGUUGCGAGCCAAGGACUCCAUCACCAGCCUCAAGGAGAGGACGCCCAAGGUCAAGUGCCAUGUUCACAGUCUGCAGAAUGAGUACACAAUGUUAUAUGAAAACCUGGAGUGGUGCAGGCAGGAAGCUAAGGAUCUUGAAGAAUACUGGAUUCAGUUGAAGGAAAGCUUCCGAAAGGUGACCACAUCCAUGGAAGAUGCUGAGAUUAAGAGCAGCCUGCUGAAAAAAAACUCAGUCCUCCUGGAGGAGAAGCUGCGUGACUUGCAGGGACAGAUUGAAGCAGAAGAAGUUCAGCAAGAGCACGGGUCACAGUUGCUGGAACAGUGGAUGGCCACUGGGGUAUCCAAGCAACAUGUGGAUUCAGGAGGCAGUACGGUGGCCACACCCCCAAGGUCAGCCAUCUGUGAGGAGAGAGAACUUGCUAUGUUGGCCUCCAUCAACAGCCUGCGAGGGGCACUGGAAAGUGGGCAGUUGCAAGCAGGCCUUGGGGAUGAGGGGGGCACAGCUAGAAAGUCAACCAUGGCUUCCACUUUGGCUUGCCUUCCUCUGCUGGAGGAGAUUGGGAAAAGCAUGCUGGAGCUGGCCGGGUGGGCUCAGCGAGAUGGGCUGACCCAGAAGGAGGUGCUGCGGCUGCUGGCCCAGCUGGGGGUGCGCUUGGAGGGAGCGCUUCCCCAGUGGGAGAGGACCCAGGAGGAACAAGGCCGGGUGCUCAGGAUGCUUCGGGAGGAACUGGACGACGUCUCUGCCACAGCAAAGCGGACAUCGGUGUCUCUCACUCAGCUCUGUGCAGACCUGGGUGGGCUCUGGCAGCUGAAGCCACUCCUGGGAGAUGUAUCCCGCCACCUUGCCACACUCAGGAACACGGAAGCGCCCGAUCGGCCUCCUCCGAGUUGUGCCAGGUGUUCCAGCUACAGCAUUGUGAAUGCAGAGAUGCUGCGACAGAUGGUUGAGCAGGCGAUGGCACCCGUUCUGGAGGAGCUGAAGCAGCGGGCCCCAUCAGCAGGCACGUGCCCCAGCUGCCAGCAUUUGCAGAAGAAGAUAAUGGGUCUGGAACAGUCGGCCUUGAAGGCUCAUGCACAAACAGAAGCACUGAGUUCGAAUGUGCGUCUGGCCCAGGAUGAGGCCCUGAGAGCCAAAAACUAUCUGGAGCGGACAAGGAUCGCUGUAGAGGAUAAGACCCACAGCCUGGGUUAUCUGCAGGACAAAUUGAGCUCCCUCCACUCACAGCUGUCUCUGGUCUCCCCAGAAGGAGCGCCCCAGUCCCCAGCAAACGCCAUCGCUGCUUCUGUCACCCUCAGCAAGCGGAGCUCUUGCCCUGCUGAGCUGAACCGUCACCCCCAAUAAAAGAGGGAGAUGGCCAUGGCCUGCUGUUCUUCCUCACUCAUUGGAAACUAGAGGGCAGUUUCAGCCAGGAGAAGGUCCUUCCUCUGAACAGAGCAGCCCGCUUUCUGGUGUGCUGGGCUGGGAAAUGGCCUGGAGGACUGAAACCGGAGGUAGAAUUGACACCCUGGGAAAUACGUUUAUUUAUUUAUCAAUUUUAUACACCGCCCAUCU